AUGCAGACAGAUGCCGAUGCUCGCGACGACCUUGCUGUAUUCGGUAGUGCAGUGAUGCCUUCUGCUAUGCGCAAGCCUGGCAUGUCCGUGCUCGCGUUGCCUUCCCGUCACCGCCGCGCCGCACCGCACCUUCGCAAGCCCGAGUUCCUCCUGGAUGUGUUCCCCGUCCCCGAGUCUGCGCCUCAGUCUCAGCCAUCGAGCAAGGCCCGUCGUCGUCCCGCACCCCUCACACUCACGCCCCCCAGUCCCGCAUCAAAGCGCCCUAUGAACCCACUCGACGAUACCCGUAAGGACUUCAUAAACAACUCCUUCGCUCCCACACCCGCCCCCGCCCCAGCUGUCCCUGUACGGGCACCUGCUUCCCCUCAUCACCGUAGCCGUCCCGCCGAGCAGCCACUCGUACCUGCUAUUCGCGUGGAGUCGCGAUCGGCGGCUGCGCGCAAGAUCGCACUCGGCGGUAAGCCAUCGCUGGGCAUGCGCGGCUUGCUCAAGGUCAUGGGUGGCAAGAAAGACAUCUAG